CAAAGAGGUGACGUAGCUGAUCUUUCCCGCCGAAAGUCUUCUGGCUCCUGUCAUGCAGGAGAGAGACCAACCACUGCCUGUCUGUCUGUGUGAGACUCCGCCCUGUGCCCCUCUCUACAGGAGAGAGACCAACCACUGCCUGUCUGUCUGUGUGAGACUCCGCCCUGUGCCCCUCUCUACAGCUCCUGUCAUGGAGAGAGAGAGAGAGAGAGAGAGAGAGAGACCAUCCCACUGCCUGUCUGUGUGUGACUCCACCCUGUGCCCCUCUCUACAGACAUACAGAAAGGAGCCCGAGUGCUCCACGCUCUGCCGCUGACCAGCAGCAAGUCCAGUCACCAUCGUAUUUCAGAUUUUGACCGACUGUAGCUUGGCUGACAGAGGGGAAAUACUCCCCCUGGCUGUAAAAGACUGAUCUUGGUAAGUAAGUAAGUAAGUAAAAACAUACAUACAUAUAUAAAUGAUAGAUAGAUAGAUAGAUAGAUAGAUAGAUAGAUAGAUAGAUAGAUAGUCAUCAACCAUUUUAACUCUGCUACAUUUAUAUGUGCCCACCCCCCUCCGCCCUUUUGUAUUUUAUCCUUGUAGAAGAGGUGGGUGUCUAUUGUUUAGCUUUAGUUAUAUCUUACUCCAUCCUUUUAUUUAUUUAAUUUUUUUUCCUACACUUAUGAUCCCCAUUGUGUUUUAAUGUUUUACCACCUGUUGAUAUAUUGAUUAAAGUCACAUGUCAUGUGAACACUGCUAUUUAAAUGGUCAGUAAGCUAGAUAAACGUGCACUGCAGGAAUAUGCUAUUUAUGUGUUUCAACUUUAUCCAUGCAGGAGCUGGAGCGGGCUGCAGUGUUUACAUGGAGGGUCUGUCUGUGUCAGUUCCAGAGAGCUACCUGAGACUGAGUGCUGAACAUCAGAGAACUGAUCAUCUGCUCCAUCCGCCGGCUCCCAUAAAGACAUCACCAUGGCAACAGAAACUAAAAGCUCAUCUAAAUACGACAACACCCCCAAACGUCUGAUACGUUCAGGCUCUCCUGAUGUCUACGAGCUGCUGCCAAAGAAAGAGGACAUAGGAACUCUUAAAAAACUGACUCUGGGUAAAAGAGAUCCAAAGAAGACCAACAGAACCAUCUUACUUGUUGGUGAAACUGGAACAGGAAAAUCUACUCUGAUCAACGCUCUGGUGAACUACGCCAUGGGGGUGGAGUGGGAGGACAACAUCAUGUUUCAGAUCAUUGAAGAGGAGAAAAAUACUGCCCAAGGGGGACCUCAGAAAGAAAGUCAGAGUGUAAGUCAGACCUCAGACGUGAUCGUGUACGAGAUCUUUGGUUUUGAAGGUAAAACCCUGCCCUACUCUCUGACCAUCAUCGACACUCCUGGAUACGGAGACACCAGAGGAGCUGAGCAAGAUGACAAGAUCAGUCAGAGAAUGUUGGACGUGUUCCGCUCAAAGGAUGGAGUCCAUGAGAUGAAUGUCAUUUGUCUGGUGCUGAAAUCUACUGAGAAUCGACUGAGUGACCGUUUGAUGUACAUCUUUGAUUCGGUGGUGUCUCUGUUUGGAAAAGACAUGGAGAACAACAUCAUCUCCCUCAUCACACACUCAGACAUGAUGACACCCACAAAUGUUCUGCAAGCUCUUGAGGCUGCACACAUCAAGUGUGCCAAAGAUGAAGAUAAUGAGCCCGUUCAUUUUCUGUUCAAUAAUCACCAAAGCAAACAGAGAACAAAGGAAAAUAAGUUAGUUUUAAAAUGUGCAUGGGACUUCACAAACAGCCAAAUGGAAGAAUUCACUGAGUUCCUUCUAAAGCGUGAUGCUCAGAGCCUGGUAAAAACUGUUGAAGUGUUGAAUGAACGCAUCAGACUGACGGCCUGCAUCCAGAACCUGCAAGACCGAGUCCAGCUGAUCGAACUAAAGCAGAGAGAAACUCAACAGAUUCAGGAAGCUCUGAAGAAACAAGAAGAACAGAUGAAGAGCAACGAAGAAGAUUUUGAUACAGCUAAAAAAAAACACCAGACAGAGAUCCAGCAGACUAAGGAAGCUCUGAAGAAACAUGAAGAAGAGAUGAAGAAACAUGAAGAACAGAUGAAGAGAAACCAGAACAUCAAUGUGUGGGUGGAUGAGCCAUACAAAGUUAAAGAAUCUAUCAAAGGAGGGACGUGGGGGUUGGGGUUGUUUUAUGAGGGAGCUGUCUGCUGUAACGUAUGUCAGGAGACAAUAUGUCGUUUGAAACAUCUUGAGAAGGUGAAAACAACCCAGGGAGAUGUAGAAGAGAAGUAUGAAAGAAGUAAAGCAGACUGUGAGGAGACGUUCGGCCUCCUGGUUAAUACGGAGAAACGUAUGGAAGAGCUUCAGAAAGACAAAGAUCAGUGUUUGGACACGGCCUUCCAGCAUGUUGAAAAGCUGGAGCAGAUCGCUCUGAAUGCAGACUCCCUGUCCACUCUGGUCCACCUGGACUACCUGAUUCAGAAGAUGAAGGAGAGAGGAGACACAGAGAAGGGACGUUCAGAGGUGACUUAG